AUGCGGUCUGAUUUCAGGGUGAAACGAAACGGCUUCACGAACAACUACGGCUACGGCCCCCACGGUAUCGGCCCGAGCAAUGUUGGAGUGGAUAGCUUUGGCUUCUUCAAAGAUAAAUUCUACAAUAGCGGUCUACCACCCCUAUACACCCAUGCAGCCUACCGUAACUAUUAUCACGAAAUCUCGUUUCACAAGAACAAGUAUGGACUGCCAGCUCCAACGAACUUCGAAAUUCUACAGCAAGAACGAUUUGGACCAUACUACAAUGGUGUGUGGGGAUACGUGGAUCAAUCACCGUAUUGGUAUGGAAAGUAA